AUGACUGAAUCUCAUCAUACUACUCGAAAAAAUUCGUCUUUAUCAUCAUCUGGAAAGAAGUCUGAAAAAUUAGUUAACAUACCAAUCGUUGCACCAACUCUAUCCUUCUCCUCUUCCUCAACAUCCUCCUGUUCAUCUGUAUCUUUUACUUCACCUCAGUCAACAGGAUUAGGAUUGAACUUGACAAAAUCAUUCAUGACACAAAUAAGUGAGAAUUCAUUAAAUGAAACUUUUAAAUCGAAAAAAAACCCUCUAUUUCAAGAUGGUGAUUCAAAUCAUAUACAAGAUACUUGUAAAAGAAACAAUAAUUCAAAUAUUCUACCUAAUUUUCCAUCAUUCUGUUUCGGUACGUCAAAUGAAUCUUUGUUAAAUCAAAUUACAAGUGGUCAUACAACCAAUUUAUUGUCUAUGCCGACACCAUUAUUUUCAUCAGGUGACUUUUUCACGAAUAAACUCACCGACAAUUUAGUUCGUCCUUGGACUGAAGGUUAUACAGAUACAAUCGCAUCAAUCGAUACUAAUGCCAUAAUUACAAAUAUUGUCAAUUCAACAGUUAAUAAUUUUCGAAAUAUUAAUAACAAUAACAGUGCGAUAACUAGCUUAGACACUGAUGACACUAUGAUGCUCAGAUCUCAUUCUACCCGUAUAUCAUCAAUGAAUAUGAAUAAUUCCCAAAACUUAAUUUUACCAUCAUCAUCAUCAUCAUCAUCAUCGUCGUCGUCGUCGUCGUUGUCGUUGUCAGAGAAUUUAGCAGUAUCAGGGACUAUGAAUAACUAUCAUAGUGUUGAUAAGUCAGAGUCAUUUUUAUCGGAAAAUGAAAGCCAUCUGUGUAAUAAUCACUCUGUUUUAAAUUCAUAUACUGACGUAAUUAUAACGCCAAAUAAUUGCAAUGACAGUAUAUCUAAUACUAUUAGUGCAGUUACUAUGACUGCUACUACUACCACUACUAAUACUACUACUACUACUACUACUACUACUACUACUAAUAAUAAUAAUAAUAAUAAUAAUAACUCGAAUAGUAGUUCACGAAAAGCCGAUGAAGAUUUUUGUGAUUUAUGCCAAAAACAUUUUUGUAAUAAAUAUUAUUUACGUAAACACAAAACGGAUGUUCAUGGUAUCCACACUGAACCAUAUUCGCAUAGUCGUCGUCGUGGCAAUGAAACACAAACUAUGAACAAUUUAAGUCAAGUAAAAAAUUUUAACCAAUCGCUUAGUACUACUAAUCAUCAAAGUACGAGCAAUGUUAAUGGUUUGAUUAAUAAUGCUUCAUCUGAUACCGAUAUUGCUACUAAGUGUACUAAUAAUCAGAUGUUUCUCAGUGAUAAUUCCACAAUAAAAGAUCAAGUCAAAGGGAUUGAUUUUAUAAGAGAUUUUGAUAAGACUCAAAUGAAUGACCUUCGAUUUGAUUUUAUGAAAACACAAUCACCGACAAAAUGUGAAUUAACUAAUAAAUCAUUAUCUAAUAUUUAUGAUUAUAUUAAGUGCGGAAGUAAUCCAUUGCUUCCUAGUUAUGUAGGUGAAAUAACUAAUGGAAAACUAUGUGGAAAUGAUGAAAUGACUCAAUGGAACAAAAACUGUGUAAGCACUACAAAUAUGAGUACAAUGAGCAGUAACGAUAAUGUUGCUAGUAGCACUACUAAUGGCAGUAAUGUAAACCACUUAGUAGACCUCACUUGGUCUCAAAGUAUUCUGAAUGAAGCUAAUAAUUCUCUACAGACACCUGCCUUUAAUACAAUUGCUUCACAUACUCAUAAUAUUAAUAGUAAAGAUGAGUUAAAUGUCCGACAGAAAAGCAUGGUGGAUUCAUCAAACGUUCAGUCAAAAGAUUUAAAUCCGCUACUUUCAGCACAGCAUUACUACAUGAUGGCAUUAGCUGCGAACUUUUCGCCACCUACAACUGGCUUUUUAAACCCUUCUGAGAUGAUAGUGAAAUCGAAUUUGGUGCAUACACUAAGUCCUCAUCUUGAUAUUCCUUUGUUUUCAAUACCGCCUUCACUCGAUUUUAACAACGUUGCCUUACGUGAAGCUCAAUGUGAUCAAUGUCAGAAAGUAUUUUGUAAUGAAUAUUUCCUCCAGUUGCAUCGUUUAAAUCAUCAAACUAAUCCAGAUAAAUCAGAAUUAAAAAGUGAAAAAGAACAGUUUGAUCUUCUGGAAAAUUUUGCCACAAAAGUGAAGGGUAUUGAUAAUUUUAAUAGGAAGGACAGCAUUCACCACAAUACAGAAAAAUUAGCAAUGGAUAUCGAUGACAAUGAUAAUAGUGACUGUGAUUCACGAAAAUGUAAUCAAGUUGGAACAAAAAAGGAGGAAUCUGACUCAUCCCUAUUUUUUGUGAACAAGUUAAAUACGAAUGCAGUGAAUAUGAAUUAUCCGGAGAGCUCUGAUUUUCGUCUUGGUACACAUUCAUUAGAUGCCUUUAAAAAUAGUAUGGUUGCAGCAAAAUUAGCUGAUCGUGUUACUUGCGAAUUAUGCAAUAAGGAAUUAUGUAAUAAGUACUUUUUGAGGACACAUAAAAUAAGAGUUCAUGGAAUAUCGCCAAAAGAUGUUGGUGGACCACCAAUGAGAAAUCCACCAACGUCAGAAAACUCAUCACUUAAUUAUUCCCUAGGUGAUUUACAAACGAUAAAUUGUGUGCCUAGUUCUCAUCAGAUUAACUCUAUACUGAGUUCCGAUGAAAAUUGUAAACCAGAUGCAGCAUUAUCUGACGAUAUGUUAAAUUCAUUGAGUUCAGCGUAUUCUACACUUGGCUUAGUAUAUCAGUUUCUUCCAUUAACAUACUGGCCAUUGUUCACUUCAAAUCAAUUUAUUUCUGAACAAGCUGUAAACAGUCAAUUAGGUAAAUCACUUUUAUCUAAUCUAGAUAAUAUCGAUGUAUGGAAUAAUUCCUUCACUAAUGAUAUUCACAAUCAUACGAAUAUUCCCAUUAGUAAUCAUAACAUUAAAAAUUCAGAUCUUACUGAAAUGCCUUCUGCUAUAACAUCGAUUUAUUGUCCGUUAUGUGAUUUACCUAUUGGACCACGUUUAUUUUUACCUACACAUUUAAGCAGUGUUCAUAAAUUGUCACCAACUGAUCCGGACUUUUUUAUGAAUAUGCUACGUGCUAAACCAAUGCCAAAGAUAGACAAACCGAUUGAUAAUAAAUGUUUUGAUAAUUUAUCUGAAAUACAAACUAAGUCAAUAAAUGACAACGUUCAAGGUGGAAAUACAGAAAACAACAGGAUACAACAACCCAAUGUUAACGAUAAUCAUUACAAAGGAUGUACUUCGCCAUCUGGUAAAAAUGUAGACCCAAUCAAUGCAAAUAAUUGUUGCACUAAUUUGAUUCUUAAAGAAUCACAAUCAUCUAAUCAAAAAACUGAACCUAAACUAACCGAUGGUGAAUCAACAGCCAUUUCUGACAUAACAGACACGAAGCCACUGAGCAUAGAGUUACAUACACAACCGAUGAAAUCUACUCCAAAUUCUUCAUCUAACCAACUUUCAUCAACUGCUGUAGCCGAGUAUAUUUCCACUAAUACCUCUUCAACGAAUUUAUUUCCCUUUAUUCCACUUGACCUGAUGAAUACGAUAGAAAGACCGAUGAAUGAUAGUAAUACUACAGUAUUAAACCAAAUUCCAUUAUCUAGUACUACGGGCAAUAGUGAUCAGACAUCGAUGGUAGCUGCAGCCGCUGCUGCUGCAUUUUCUACAUUACCAGUCAAUCCGAUUGCAACAAUGACAGCAGUUGGUGUAGUGGGAGAUUCCAUUGGAAGCCGAUCAUGGAACACCAUGGCUCAUUUAUCUACAAAUAAAAGUUCAAACAAUCAGUCUACAUUAAAUCAACUAAGCUCAGAGGUUUCACCAACAAAUUCUAUAGGAAAUACUUCAAAUCCUGUAGCUCAGUCUGGUGUACCACGAAAAUCACCCAAUCAAAUGCGUGUGUUGUGUGAUAUAUGCAAUAAAUGGAUUUGUAAUAAAUAUUUUCUAAGAACACACAAGGCUAACAAACAUGGUGUGACAGAUCUAUCUUUAGGAUCAGUAGAAUGUUAUCGAUCUGGAACUGAAAAGCCAUUUCCAACAGUGAAGUCACAUGUGAGUUUAUCUUUACGACGAGCAGUGAACCAGUGCAGUAGAGAUGUAUCUCAGGAAGAAGACAAAGAUAUUAGCGACUACUCUAAUCCGAAUCGUACACUCAAUUCUCCCUGCGAAUCACAAAUCUCAUGUAGAAAUUCUAGUAUGACAUCUAUUCAAGAACAAUGGACCCAUAACUCUGAACAAACAAUAAUUAGUAAUGAUAAUUCAAUAGGGACUCCCUUAACUUGUGUGCCUACAUCCAGUGAUAUUUCAGGAACAACCAACUCACUUCCUUUAACAUUCCAAACUACUGCUGCUACAAAUUUACCUUGGCUUGGUUAUGGAUAUCCGUAUCAAUCAUCGUCUUUAGUUCCGUAUCCAAGAAUAAAUUAUCCCAAUAUACUACCAUUCCCAGUGUUUUCAAACUCAGAUAUCUAUCCGUAUUCACAAUCAAGUAUGUCAGGAAAACUGGAAACUAAUGAAUCAGUUAUACAUAACUCUGAACUGAAUAAAAUCUCAACAGAUACAGAAUCUGAAAAUGAAGAAAACAAGAAUCCUUUAAAUUUAAGUUUAAAAACAACUUCAGAAAGUCCAAAGAGUACUUGUUGUUGUACAGUACUGAAAACAACUAACAAUACAGCUUCUACUGAUAUUAUUAACAAUAGUAGUAAUGAUACAACGAAAAUUACUAAUAAACUACAAGAAACAAACAUCACAAGCAACAGAAUGAAUUGGCUGAAACGGGGACAAAUAAUGAGGAAAUAUUUCAAAAAUCAAUACCUCAGUUCAUCUUGUGUCAGUCGUACACACCAAAGAUUAUAUUGCAAAUCAAAUCAGUUGUUAUUAUCAUUACAAUUAAAGAGAAAAUCUAUUCAACAUGUUCGAAGGAAAAUGUGCAUGAAGAGAAAACGGAAUGCUGAUAAGCAUAUUGAACGAAUUGAAGGUUUACAAAUAAAUCAGCCGGUGAAUAAUGGCAAAAUGCAACGUCACAAAGCAGACAGCAGGAAGUUUUUCCCUUACAGUAUAUUGAACAGAUACAGAAAUCUAACCAAUUACCAUCGUCGUUUAAAACAUCUACAACAACGAAGGCAGAAAAUUAUCAGAUCGGAUAAUUCACCUGCAAAUUAUGAAAAUCUUCCAAUGAUAUUUUCAGAUAAAAUAUCUUGUCCUUUAUGUUUAAAUGAACAAGCAUUUAUUGAGUUCAGUGAAUUCAUGAAACACUUGAAACAAAACCAUUCACUUUCUGAAUAUGAAUCAGUUAUGAAUUUAUUUAAAACACAAAUGGAAUCAUACAAUGCACAGAGUUAUGCCUUCCAAACAAAUAAUUCAUUUACAACAAACGUUUCAAUGAAAUCUGAUACAUUUGAUUUAAUUAAACGUAUACCGCCAAUGGAUAGUAUUACUGCAACUAUAUCAUUGGUACAAGAAAGUUCAAAUGCUUCUAAUACUAAUCCUCUUUUCAUUUCGUCAUACAAUCAUAAUGAUAUAAUGUAUGAGUUUCAAGAUAAUACUAGUCAGACACAAUUUCUGAACUCAGCCGAUAUCAAUAAAUCUACAGAAAUGCUAUCUCCCAUUGUUGUAAGUCAGUCAUCAAUGGCAUUAUCAUCACCAUUACCCCUAUCAUUGUCAUCAUCCUUCUCUUCCUUUACCAGCUCACCACAGUGUUCACUACCAUUGUGUUCGCUGAAUUCUCCAACAAUUGCAAACUCUGUAGUUUCUACAUCUCGGCCUAUUGGUAGAACAUUAUUUAUGCCAACCAAUUCUUUCACUAAAACGUUAUCAACCAUUUGAAGGAAAUAAUCAUUAUAAAUGCAUAUUUGAGUGUAUGAUCUG